AUGGACGAAGUAGCACAGCUUGAGCUGCAUCCUCCGACGCUCGACACCAAGGCCACUGGUGGAACCACCGCCGCUGCGUCCUCGGAUGGCAAGUCGCAGACCGCCGUCACAAAGCCUUUGUGCACGGGACCGAUUCCGAUGUCGAUGCCAUCGAUCCUGCGUAACUCUGGCAGCUCUCAGUCCAACCAUCUGUCGUAUCUUCUCGAUCGACGGAGUGGAUCGUCGUCGUACCCUCCGUCUUCAUCGCGUGUUAAACCGCGGUCGGGAACCAAGGAGCAGCUGGGUCGACGUAAGCAGCGUCGGUCGGAAAACGCGCGUCUGCUGUCCAACCCGCACGCGGUGCGUCCGACGAUUAAAGACUACAGGCUACACUCGAACGAGAUUCGAUCCACCUUCCACGGCACCCCGGGCGCUGCGAAGGGUAGUGUGCCCGUUCCGGCCAAUAGCGGAGUGGGCUACUCGGAGCCCGUGCACGAUGCGGCGUCGGCCAUGCAGGGCCAUUUCGGCAAGAGUCUGCGCGACGCCCAGCGUGUGCUCAAGCGCCUCGAAGUAGGCAACAUCUCGGACGAGAUGAUUCGUACCCAGCGGGCGGGCGAACUGGAGCGGUUUAUUUGGUUGGUAGAUCGCGAGAUCCGCAUGUGGGCCCAGGAGGAGAUCCACAUCUUCACACCUGAAGACCGCAAGCAAGGUCGCAUCCUACUGGAUGCCGAGUUCAACUUUACCACACCCAUGGGAGGAAAGGAAGAGGACGUUCCGACGGUGGCGUUGGACGAGGUGCAGAGGCAGGGGCAGUUGGUCGAGUUUCAACGUACGCCCAAUGCGUUAGUGUGGCUGGUGCACGAUCCGUUCCUCCGUCUGGUGGUACACUGCCUUGCGCGCGUAUCGCGCUGCCCGUCGUUUUCGAAAGACGAUCCAAGCCGACCGGGACUGAGGUUCACCUGGAUCCUGAACAAGAACCCGCACGCGCGCCGACCGCGUCGAGGCCGCAGAGUGUCGGUCUCCAGCUCAGCUGUCUCUGCCGAAGUCAGACCGGUGGCGGUGGGAGCAGUGGGGAUGGAUACCCCACCGACGACGGACUUUGACUCGCAGACAGAGACGGAGAGCGAGAUGGAGAGCGAUCUCGACAGUCUGGCCGAGUCGGUGCAGCUGGUCGAGCUGGGCGGAGAGGCAGAGGCGGUGGAUACCGACGAGGACGAAGCCGAGAUUCUGCGCAGAGUGCAUCGUUGGGCGAUCGAUAGCCAUCGUCAACGCCACGCCGAUUCAAAGGACGCAUCCACCAAACGAUCCAAGCGCGCAUCGAGGAUAGAUCAGGAUCCAGACCAGACACUCACUACAGCGAUUGCCGAAGACGACGAAGAGGACCACGCCGAAGAUGACCACGAAGACCAAGAUUCGGACGCGCAUUCGGCCUAG